UAUCCAGCGUGAUACGCAUGCUUUUUCACUCCUUCGAAAAGUUCCGGUUUGGAAAUGACGGCGAGAAAACUCGCUAGUCGGGUCCCUAAACUAUUGGACUAACAACGAAAGACAGGUUGCUACACAAGUUGCUUGAAUUUGGAAAAACAACAUUCAUUACAAGCGUAAUAUUUGAAUUUCAAUCACUGAUCCAGCCCUUGGUAAGAACCGCUGAUUGCUCCUGGCAGAUUAAUGACAUGCAUAUGUGUGUUUUAGAGAAAGAGCCGUCGAUAUUUCGUGGUGAAAUUUGCUGCCUACAACGGAGUUUCGUCCUUAAAGCGAAGUGAUGUUCUCCUCGCCUAAACUCUUACGAUGAGAGCCCUUCUUUUAUGUGUUAUUUCGUCCAUAUAUUUGAACACUUACAAUUCUGUUUACGGGGUCGAGACUACAUCAAAUCCAUCUUCCACAUCAAGCGAGCAGUUCACAGUUCCGAAACCAGCGAUCAUAUUUUUGGGAUUUCUCGGAGUAUGCCUCGUAGUUGUGUUUAUCUUGUACAAGAUUCUCCACUCUGAUAUUUGUAAACUCGAUCGUAAUAAAUUGGCCGGUGUAAGUCAAGCUGAAUAUGCAGAACUUGGAAAAUCUGCCGCAUUUGAGGAAGAAUCCCACGACGAAUCAGAUAGUGUGGAUUACAUUGAACAAGAAACUACUGCAAGCGAUAGGAGUGAUGACCGUCCAAUGCAUAGACCUGCGCCAUACGUCAAGAGCAGGAGCCUGGGUGACCUGUUCGCUGAGAAACCAAGUCAGCCUACUGCGCCUCAGAGGAAGUUCACUCAAUGGGAGAGACCGUCUAUAGAAGCUGUCAAAGCUGCAAGCCAUUUGAAUGUCCUCUCUGCUUACGGAGAUACAGGCGGUAGUCAGCGCGUUCGGAAGAAGUCGCGCAAGGAAUCACGAGGGGAUAUUACUUGUGUAGCAAAACUACAAGUUUCUGUCGCAUUUGCGCAGACGGCCCAGAGAUUAGAAGUGACCAUCAUCCGAGUGCAAGACUUCCCCGAGGCAUUUUCCGCGAAUAGCGCUACUUCGGCAAUGUCAAUCCAUCUGACCCUGAUGCCGUCGAAGCGAUAUCGAUUUAAAACGAAGACGAAGGCAACUUCCGAUGUCACAAUUAAUGAGACAUUUGUCAUGCGAGGCGUAAGUGCCAACGAAUUAAUGGACAGCAGUUUACGCUUCCGAAUUUACGCGCAGGGUUCAAUGAAGACGGGCAGGCUACUGGGAGAAACACAAACCCACGUAACAGACUUCGACUUGGAUGAUAUAGCCUCAACUAUGUGGAUUAUGGUACCACCAGCUGAGGAACAGAAAAAAUCGUCUUCUAAACAAAGAAAGUAAUACAUUGACGUCACAUGCAUUGGAUAAAUAGUCGCGCGUAAGUGUUUUAGUUGAUUAGUCUUUCACCUGUCAUCUUUUAGUCUUCACCAGCUGCAGGUUCUUAGAGCGGAGGCGAGUAACCUCUUAAAUUAAGUACAAAUCAAUGGAGACUUGGGUCUCCCAGAGCUGAGAACAACUUGAGCCUUUUGAGAACAGUAGACGGGGAGGCCAAUUAUAUCUCACAACAUGAUAGAAAUCUGUUUUCACUUUACAAAAGGACACAUCCUGAAUUCUUAAACAUCUUCUGCUGGCAAGAAUUAGCCUUAAGUUUGUAUCACCCUUCCUGAGGAACCAUAAAUCGGCCUCUCUAUUCUUCAAUGACGUCAUAAAUUAAUUGCCCACUGUAGUCGUUCCAAAGGUAAAAAGAAACGGGAAACGUUACACUGGUUGGUAAUCGAUCAAAAGGAAAUUUUCGAGUGUUUUUAAAUGAAAAAAAAAAAAGUCAAAAUUUUUUGUCGUUCCAGUUUAAACGUAGAACUCAAUCGACAAAGUAGGACUUCAGGCUUCACUAGACCAUGACAUUUAAAGCGUGCGGUUUGAUGACGUAUGCCGAGGAAAGUUUCCUUGUUUGAAAUAUGAUGACGUCAUGUCUUUUUUCACGAUCAUUUUUUUAUUUCUCUGUUGAAAAAGCCAGAGUCUUCUCAAAAGACCGCCUUUACCUUUGAUUUGUG